AUGGCGACAGAAGAUGAACUUGAACAAUUGCGUAAAGAACUAACUAUUUCCCGUCUAUCAUAUGAAUUGCAAGUAAUCAACGAAAGUCAAAAGCAACGUUUAAACGAGUACCAAUCACUCCUCGAACGAUAUGGUAAAUUUAAAAGUGAAAAUGUUGAUUCGCUUCGAGGUGCUCUUAAUGACUGUAAAACUGCGAACGAAGAAGUUGACAGUAUUCGUUUUGAGAUAGCACGAAUGGAAAUGGCGUUGCAAGAAGAAAAAACAAAGGCAUAUGAACAAGUGGCGGUUUUACGAUCACAGUAUCAACAACAAAUUUUUGAUCUUCAAAAUGAACUGCAAUCAGUUAAGAAGAGCGAAUAUCAAUGGAGGAAUAAAGAAAUCGAUGUACUUAAUGGAAAAGUCGAAAAAUUAUUGAUUGAACUCGAUACAACACGACAACAAGCGAGUCAAUAUGAGUAUGCUUUCAAAGAACAGAUUGUUAUAGUUCAGAAAACAAAUGCGGAAAAAGAAGAUAAAGAAAGAUAUUACAAAGAAGUAGUGGAUAAAGUCUUAGCUGAAGGAAAAUCCUUAAAGAGAUUGAAUGAAAUAUAUGAAAAACGCCAGCAAGAAGAUAAAGAGGCGAUUAAUCGGGCACAAAAAAAGCUGAAUGAGGAUAUUCGGCGGAUCGAGGAUGAAAAUAAACAUUUGAGCCAAAUAUCAUCUGUAUCGUCAGUUUCUCCAGGAAGAGGUACCCCAAGGUCACCUCAAAUGGAUAUCGGAGAAGAUAAUGAACCACACGAUAUUGAUAGUCUUUAUAGAUUAAGUUUUAACUUAAAAGCCGAGAAAAAGAGUUUAAUGAAAAAGAUCUCAACACUUGAAAAUCAAAUUAAAGUGCUACAAGAUCAGAUCACUCUAAAAGAUUCGGAAAAUCAAUCCGCUGUACAAGAAAUUUCUCGUCUUCAAAUGAGACAGCGACAAUUAUGUUCGCAAGUUGAGUCACUUGAGCGAGAGCGAGGGUUACAACAAGAAUUGACGUUACGAGGAAGUAUCAAUAGUAUCCAAGAUGCUAACGCUUCUGUAAGAAUGAUUCCAUCAAUUCUUGGUACUCGUGGGCGCGAUUACGAAGCGGAAAUUACCGAUCUUAAGGUAUUAUGUUUUUUUUACUUGAAAGGCAUAUAUUUACAUCAAAAUUUAUUAUUAACUAAUAUUAAAUUAUUGAAGUCUCGACUUGAAAUUUCGUUGCAAGAAAUGAAAGAUCUUGAUGAGAGGCUUCAAAACGCGAAUCAAGAGCUGUCAACGCUCCGUCAUGAAAAAAUUCAAUAUUCAUAUGAUCGACAAAGUUGGGAAGAUGGAAAGGCAAUUGACGAAGGUAUUGAUAUGACCAUUUUUAUUAAAUAUAUUGAUUUGUGUGCUAAUGAAUCGCAAAAACGAAUCAACAAAGAGAUGGAUGACCUUAUAGUUUCAAAAAGCGAAGCCGAAAACUUGGCGCGAAAUGUCCAGAAACUGUCAGAGGAAAAGGAACAUAUAGAUAGCGAAUACAAAAUUGCACAGGAAAAAUUAUUAUCUGCACAAGCAAAAUGUGAUAAUUUGCAAGAACAACUUGUUUCUGUGAGCGAAAAAUAUUCUAAUGCCUUAAAAAAAUCGUCUGAAGAGCAUAGCAAAUUCGUUGAAUCAAAUAAGACGUUGCAAAAUAAGAUUACAGAGCUAGAAGAUGGGAAUAGAAUUCGCGCUGAAAGAUCAGCUCUCCGUUUUCCAAGCAAGCGAUCAAGGCAUCGAAAUUGUCAGAUUGAAGUAACUAAAGAAAAGGAAAUUAUUAAUAUACGAGAUGAGUCUCAAACCUACAAAGAUUUGUACGAAAAAUAUCAAACGGAAUUAAAAAAUAAUGAGCAAAUAUAUAAUGAAUUAAAAUCUGCUGCAGAUGAAGAACGGGAAGCAAAUCUAGCCUCGAUAAAAAAACUUCAAGAAGAACUCUAUCCUGUAAAGGAGGAACUUGAUCAGAAGAUUGAUGAAUUACGUAGUAAAGAUCAAGAGCUUACAACAGCACGUAACGAAGUAGUAAAAUUAGAACAGAUGCUAAAUGAAGUUCGUGCAAACUCUAACAAUGAAAAACAUCAGCUCCGUGAAGAAAUGACUAAACAAGAAAAAUUAUUAGAAGAAGCACAAAAUAAAUACAAUCGUGAAGUGCUUGUUCAUGCUGAAGAUGCUCAAUCUAUACUCACAUUAAAUUCAAGACAUGCGCAGCUGAAAUCUGAAUUCGACCAAUUGAAGUUACAAAAGUCAGAAGAACUUUGGAAUGAUGAAAAGGAUAAACUUGAAAAAGAAUUGGAAAAGACACUUCAACGAUGUAAAGAGCUUGAAGAAAGCAAUAAAACGCUUCAUGAAUACUUUGAUGUUGAUUCUGGAAGGACAGUGUCCCAAGACCAAAUAAUUUCACUUUUGCGUAUGGAAAAAGAAAAGGCAGAAACCCAAAGAGAAGCACUCGCACAACAAGCCGAAAGAUAUAAAGCUCAAUAUGAGCACACUCAAAAGUCAUUGGAUGAUGAACGUGAGCAAGCAGAAAAGGGUGGACCUUUGGAGAAAUUGCAAACAGAGCUUUCAGAAAAAAAUACUCAAUUAAAACUCCUUGAAGAAAGCAAUCAGACAUUGAGAGCUACAAGUGAACGAUUAGAGAAACAAGUUGUUACGGCGCAAUCUUCGUUGAAAGAAGCAGAGGAAAAAAUACAAACAUUAGAUGAACAAAUUAAGAGUCUACAACUUGACCGAGAUAGUUCCGCCCAAGAAAUGAGAAUACUCAAAGAGGACAACGAACGGUGGAAAAACCGAUUUCAAACCGUGUUAAAGAAAUAUGGUAUCAGCGAUCCUACCGAAUUGCAAAAUUUGAAGGAUAAUUUGAAAACCACCACGGAAGAGCGCGAUAAACUUAAAGCGGAAAAUAGUAAAAUACGGAACGAUUAUGCCUUGUCAAGAAAACAG